AUGUUUCCGACCGUCGCGACCUUCCCUACGGUCCAGCCGCACCAUCUUCACCAUCUUCCCGCAUACGAUGCCAUACAUCAGCCUCCCUACGACGUGAAUGACCCCGCUUAUUACUCUCAUAAUGACCCUUCUGUACCCAAUUUUAAUUCAAUAUCUCACUCGCGCCUCCAACUGCCUCAUCCCGUGCAACGCCUCGACCCCCGCGACACCACCGGCUCUAAUUCGAACACAAACGCCGCCGGGGAACAUGCGCUGAGGAGGAAGACCCCCAACGGAACUCUCGCUGCUGGCUAUGACGGCACCCCCGGAGACGUUACGAUUCAGCCUGCGACGAAGCACAUCCUGGUUUCGCCGCUUGAGUCCGGGCACUAUCUUCAUGCGCAGACAGGGCUGCCAGACAACUGGCAGCCAAUAUCUCUCGACCAAGCCGCGUCAAAACACAUGAAUUUCCCACCCAUCUUCAAAAACGAAGCCGGUAACCCGAUCGCCGCAGGCGAGGUGAUUCAGGAUGUGAACGGCACCAGCUGGGUCCGUCCCGUCAACUACCCCCCGGGGGCCGACUCGGUACUUAAUCAAAGCUUGCCCCUCCAUGGGGCCCAGCGCUUUCUUCUGCAUAAUGGGGCCUAUAUUCCGACCGUUCUACCUGCAACAUUGCAGCAAUGUGUUGGCCCGACAGCGUCUGCUGGCACCGGCCCAUAUGGUCCGUACUGGCCAGACGGCGCUUACAUUCCCUACCGCCCCGUAGCAUUUCGCGACUCGCGUUUCGGCUCACCUGGUCCAAACGGGCAGCCUCAGCCUCUCUUUGAGAUAAACCAGCAGGCCUACAACCAGCCACAGAUCCCACUGAACAGUCGCGCGGACUCGGGACUUGCAUGGGGACAAAAUGCACCUGGAAUUUCGCCCCAGGGUCCCCUUAUGAAAGCAUUUCCUCCACGACACUCGGAGCAUUUACCCUUCCAUAUUCGCGCCAAUCGUUCCCUCUCAUCCUACCCGAAUCCUAUAAACAAUGAACAUACGCCUUGGAUUGCUCACUCUUCAACCCACGGAUUUAAACCCUCGGGAGUAGCGGUCGCUGCAAACACGGAGUUUAAAGAAAAGAUUAUGACUUGGGCACACAGUGUCUAUGUUGAUCUUCUCGCAACAAUCCACCAGGCUCGUCGAAACAGCCUAUCGAAUGGAGGUGCAGAUGGUCAAAAUCCUCGUUUCCUGAAACCGAGCAUCUACCCCAAGCCUCCGCGUCAACCAGGCCUCGAUUUCUCACAAAACACCAGCCCUGAACUCCACCGACACAAUAGUUACCCAUCCAGUCAAUAUGAUGUACAAAGGCAGAAAAUGGGUGUUUCGGCGAACUCGCGAAUGGCGGAUUCCCCAGUGAUUGCUCAAGGCCGACGUCCUUCAUUGAACCAAUUUCACCAAGCGCAUCGUGGAUCAGACUCUCAGAUGUACGAUAGUGGGCGCUCUUCAGGCACGUCCGGUAUGCGAUUCCCCAACAGUCUUCUCAACGACGGGUCUCCAGUCACCAAUGCAGCGUCUGCUUUGGAAAUGCUAUCUCAUUUGUGUAUGGAAAGCCAUUGGGAGUGGACUGAUGGGAUCCUUCUUGGUGGCUGUCUGGCUUAUGGCUUGGGUGAUUACAACAAAGCCAUGCGUUGGUAUUCUCGCAUUAUCGCACGCGAUUCAACACAUGUAGAGGCCAUAUCUAACCUUGCUGCUACACUCUUGGCCCUGGAUAGGCGAGAGGAGGCCUUGCAACAUUGGCUUCGUGCCGUGAAGCUACGUCCGAGUUUCUUCGAGGCUGUAGAGCACUUGAUAGGUCUUUUGUGCAGCAGUCACCGUGGCAAAGAAGCUGUCAACAUAAUUGACUUUGUUCAGUCCUCUCUUCGUCAUCCAAAGGAUGGAGAUUGUUUUAAAACGGAUGAGCAUGCUAGCGAACCUGAGAGCGAUGCCGAGAGCAAUGUUUCUGAUGCUUGCCUGCAUGACAAAGUGUCCUUUGAUUAUGAAGACGACGUGGGACACGCCCCGAUCUUGAACCUGAGCUCGCCAGGUGCCACGCCUGUCGGCUUUGCCUCAAGUGGAUAUGCCAUCCCAGGCUCGGAUAAUGGGAGAAUGCUCGCUCUGACCCACGCCAAGGGAAAUAUGCUCUAUGCACUUGGCGAUAAUGCUGGCGCUGCCACCGCGUUUGAAGAUGCUGUCUUGAUUGCGGCUGGAAGGAGACGGCACGGUAUCCAAAGUCUCAUCAAACAGAUCUUCGCCGCUUUCUCUCCCGGGUCGAGUAAUGGUUACCAACAGCCAGAGUCAAAUUCAGGCGAAAGCCAGUGGUACUCGCCUGGUCUCCAAUACGUGGCCGAGGGAAUCUCCAGAAAUGCUGCCAUCUCAACUACCAGCAAUUCUCUGCUCUCCCUCGCGAAAAUUUAUCAGGAUGGGAUGUCGACUGUUUCGUCCAGUACGCCGAGAUCUGCACAUGGCGUCCGGGAUAUACUCGCCCUCUACUACCUCUCGCUCUCCCUGCAGCCUAGUCCGUCCACCGCUAACAACGUUGGGAUUCUACUUGCUGGAAUUCAGAAUAAUCCACCUGCGCGAGGACUGAUUCGUCCCAAUGGCGAGAGUCAACAUCCCGAGAUUCCUGGCGUCAUCCCUGGAAGUGGCAUUUCCCUUGCACUGGCGUACUACAACUAUGGUUUGCACCUCGACUCUCGCCAUGCCCACCUUUACACCAACCUGGGAAGUUUGCUCAAGGACAUUGGGCAACUCCAAGCUGCCAUUAAGAUGUACGAGCAAGCUGUCCAGUGCGACGGCAAUUUCGAUAUCGCACUCGCAAAUCUUGCCAAUGCUGUCAAGGAUGCCGGGCGGGUAAAUGAUGCGAUCUCAUACUACAAGCGCGCCGUCAAGGUGAACCCUGACUUCGCAGAAGCCGGCUUCCAUGACAGAUGGCAUGUGGAUGACAAGGGAAUGUUGCGAGAUGCUCAGAGCAACGACGCCGGUGCCGGCUGGAUCAAGCGUGUUGUCGACAUUGUCGAUCGACAACUUCGGGAAGGCGAAUACUGGGGUCGUGGACUGCUGACACCAAGCACGGCUGAGCAUUUGUGCGCCCAACUGGCGACGGCUUUGGACUCUGGCCGCUUUGCUUCAAGUCGGCAAUCGUCAUUGGUCAAGGUUCUCCUGUCGUGGGCGGGGCAGAAAUGGGAGGGAUCGCGCAUUGUCCGACUCAUUGAGCGUGCAACCCGAUCCAUCACAUGGCAAUGGUACCAGGACCGCUAUGUCUACGGCAAAGACUACCCUGCCUCCAAAUACCGUCGGCCGCAACUUCCAGCAUCACUCACUGCGCCUAACGCGCCGACGGUUUUGCCUUUCCACACUUUCACUUGUCCGCUAUCUGCCAAACAAAUCCGUCAAAUCUCGCAGCGUAAUGGUCUCCGAAUCUCCUCAUCAACCCUUCGGCUGCCAUGGCUCCCAGGCACAGUUUACCCUCCCCCGUCACCGCCAAAACCUUUCCUUAAAGUUGGCUAUAUCUCGUCGGACUUCAACAAUCACCCUCUGGCGCAUUUGAUGCAAUCGGUGUUUGGAUUGCACAAUACCAAGAGAGUGAAGGCAUUUUGUUAUGCCACUACAGUCAGCGACAAGUCUGUUCACCGCCAGCAGAUUGAGAAAGAAGCUCCCGUCUUCCACGAUGCGAGUGGAUGGUCGGUUGACCGGUUAGUGCGGCAGAUUGUUGACGACGGAAUUCAUAUUCUGAUCAACUUGAACGGUUACACUCGAGGCGCUCGGAACGAAGUGUUUGCCGCCCGGCCUGCACCCAUUCACAUGUCGUUCAUGGGAUUUGCCGGGACUCUUGGCGCCGAGUGGUGCGACUACAUUCUGGCGGAUCAAAUUUCUAUCCCACCCGAGACUUUGAGCCCCGGGCAACGUACCACACGCAUCGAGGAUCGUAUUCUCGAGACGGAUAAUGGUGAAGACCUCGAUGAUUGGGUCUAUGGGGAGAAGAUUGUCUAUACUCGUGAUACCUUCUUCUGCUGUGAUCACCGACAGAGUGCCCCGGACGCAGGAGAACGAAUGCUCUCUUGGGAUGAGGAGCAGACCCGACGAUGGAAAAUGCGAAAAGAGUUAUUCCCGAAGCUCAGCGAUGAUACCAUCAUUCUCGGCAAUUUCAAUCAGCUGUACAAGAUUGAACCUACGACAUUUCGAACGUGGUUGCGCAUUUUGGCGCGAAUCCCCAACGCCGUUCUUUGGCUGCUCCGGUUCCCUGAGACCGGCGAGAAGAAUCUUCGGGAUAUUGCCAAGGCGUGGGCUGGCGACGAAACGGCUUCGCGGAUCAUCUUCACCGAUGUAGCUCCAAAGAACACGCACAUUGCGCGAGCGAAAGUUUUGGAUUUAUUCCUCGAUACUCCCGAGUGCAAUGCACACACGACAGCGACCGACGUCCUUUGGAAUGUGUUCCCGUAUGGCGAGCAGCAUCCUGAGCAGCGCGCUGCCCAAACCGAAGCCGGGCAACAAGCGCGCAAGGAGCUGAUUGCUUCGUCGGACGAGGACUACGAGAACAAAGCCAUCCGACUUUGCAUUGAUCUACAGUACAUACCGGGCGGCGAGGGCCGAUCGCACGGCCGCCUGGCAGAUAUGCGACAGAUGCUGUUUACGCAGCGACACAGCAAUAAGCUGUUCGACACGGCGCGUUGGGUGCGUGACCUAGAAGACGCGUACGAAGCGGUGUGGGCGCAAUGGGUGAAGGGCGAAGAAGGCGAUAUCUGGUUAUGA